UGUCCGAAGAUCCACUCCGAGUCGCUCUUGCCGCCGAUCCCCAAGUUCGAUCGUCUGAAGCUCAGUGCUCCCACGUCGAUAGAGCAAUCGAUAGAGUAGUCAACGGAGUAAUCAACAGAGAAAUCGGCAGAGCAAUCGACACGAGCCCGCAACUCAGUUCCUCGUGCCCAACUUUGGAGCUAUGAUCAUCGGUAUCGUGGGAGGAGGCAUUGGCGGACUCGCCCUAGCCAUCGCCCUGCAACGACACGGCAUCGGUUCUAUCGUCUUUGAGAAGGACACAAGCUUCAAUGCCCGCAGCCAGGGAUAUGGGCUCACCAUGCAACAGGGCGGACGCGCGAUCAGCGCUCUUGGGCUGAUGAGCACCAUGACGAAGGAAGGGCAAACAUCAAGCAGCCACUUCAUCUUCAAUAGCCAGGGCCAGAUCGUGUUGUUUUGGGGAACUACCAGCUCGGCCGAUGCGUCUGUCUGGCAGCCCAACCGAAACUGCCACAUCAGUCGCCAGCGGCUGCGAAACGCACUGCUUCAAGAGCUCGAUCCGACGCUGUGCCAAGUGCUUUGGGGCUUCGAGGUCUCGCACUUUGAGCAACGAGGUGGUCGGGUUGUUGUCUUUGCGGGCCCAGACGAUGCUCGGUCUAUCUACGAGAUGGACGGGCUGGUUGCCUGCGACGGCAUCCGCUCGGGUAUUCGCCAUCGGCUGCGAAACGAGCCGCUCAAGUUCCUCGGCACCUUUGUGAUCCUGGGCAUCUUCGAGGACGGCAUCUCACCCAUCUUCCGCGAACGUAUGGUGCAAAUGUCCGAUGGCCUCGCGCGAAUCUUCAUCAUGCCGUACGAUGCGGGUCGGUCGAUGUGGCAGCUCUCCUUCCCCAUGGAGCUCGAGGCGGCAGUCAGUCUCGCCAGAUCCGGAGCCGAAAAUCUCAGACUUGAAGCUUUGCGCCAGUGCCGCAGCUUUCAUCCGCCGAUCCCGGAACUGCUCGCUCGAACAGAGGCAACCCUCAUCACCGGCUACCCGGUCUAUGAUCGAGAGCCCAUGGCUACAGGUUUGGAUGGGAGCUCGUUGGUUACGCUGCUGGGCGAUGCGGCACAUCCCAUGUCUCCGUUCAAAGGCCAAGGAGCCAACCAGGCAUUGAUCGAUGCCGUGGAUCUGGCCGAAGCGAUUGCAAGGACUUCGCCGGAGCAGCUUGCUCAGGCGUUUCGCGAAUACGAACGCCGAAUGAUCCUCCGAACGACACCCAAGGUCCUGGCUUCGCGAGCGGCCAUCUCCUCGCUGCAUUGCGCCGCCUUUGUCGACUCGGAUUGCCAGCUUCGACGAAGAGGUUAUCCGCGGGUUGGAGAAAUGGCCGAGUUGCUGCGGAGCCUGAGCGACCGAUCCAUGGGAAUAUGGAGCUCCGCUGAAGACCUGGCGCAGGCAUGCAGUCUCCAAAACAAAAUCAUGGCCAGGGGAAGUGUCAUGCGGCAGCCAGCGGUCUGCGAAGACGACCGAGUCCAUGAACCCGAACCCAAGGAAGAUGCUGCCAACCAAAAGCCCAGACACAACCGGGUAUGAAGUAUGAAGUAUGG